CUUGAUGCUCUUGACUUGACUGAGCGGCCGUCACGGUGUGAGAUGCAGACUCAAUCCACGUGGCGCGACGAACGGAAGCAGCUUGCUCCUCCCGCGUGGCUUGGCCAGGUGCUUUGCCUCGCCGCCGCCGCCGCCGCUUUCGCGACGUCAGAACGACGACCCGUCGAGAAGGUCACGGCCAACAUCACAGUAGCAUCGACGUGACCACUCGCUGCAUCGAAGUCGACAUUGGUGCGAGCACGAAUCGCCGUCGCAGCAUCAGCACAUGGAUCUUGAUCAGGAGCAGUCAAGUGGUGCUGCUCCAGCCGCCACGGCCGCCAUCGAUCAUUCGGACUCGGCGGACUUGGCCGCGGUGAUGCCAUGGUCCAGUCCAGCGCCAUCCGCAUCAGCCAAUGUCGGACAGGGAUCAUCUGGCGAGAUACCAGCCGAUCGCAUGUAUGGCAAGCCAUCGAUGACUCGCACAUCACCGCCAGUGGUCGAAUCAGUGCAGCCUCCGCCAUCCGCACCAGCGCAGCCCAUCGAUGCUCCAAUCGCCUCUUCAUCAUCCUCACCUCUCGCCCUAAACAGCAGUAUCAGCGCGGCGGGAGACAGUAGGAAGGAGGCACGAGGAAAAAGAGUGCUGCCCGCUCGAUUGAGAAGGGUAUCGGCGCUACUGGGAGGUGACGGACUGGACGAGGUCAAUGGCACCAGCGGGCGUGAAAGCACUCCCCUUCAUCGCAGCCUGCCAGACUCGACAAUCAUCGUCAUUUCGUCGAGGAAUCAAGAUGCAGUCCAAGCCUUCGACGCUCCGCUGGACGAGGAAGGACUGGACAGCCUCAGCUUCUUCCAGGACCCCAAGAUGGUCAUGGCGUGCCGUGAAAAGGCUCUCAUCGAGACGCCCGACUUCAAGCUAAGGGAUGAUGCUAGUCAGAUGGGAAAGACGAGGGGUGGAGCAUUGCGUUCAGAGGUGAGUGAGGACACAUCGGAUGCAGCAUACGAACGUCGGCAUCGUCGACCAGACAACCUCGAGAAGAAGCAACGUAGGAUGGAGAAAGAGCGCUUGAUCAAGGACAGGCAACGUCUGCGAGACCGUAUCGAACAGCUCAAGACCGCCGACCCACGAAUGCUCAUGCCCAUCAUCGCAGCUAGAGAGAGUCAAUUGCCAGCGUCUAGUACAGCCGGCAAUUCAUUCCGAGGAGCUGAGGCUGCCAUAGGGCUAGGCAAGCAGAACAUGAGCGUUGAAGCAGCGAACAACCUCAACAAGAUCGAGCAGCUCCGCAAGGAGCUCAUCGCCGAGACAAAGGAGACAUUGGCCCGCUACGACGCUGUGCUCAGCCUCGCUGUACCUGUGGCCGAAAGUCCCGCUCCAGGGUCAAGCAGCGGCACAGCCUCGUCGGGCUCUACCGCCCGCAACAAGGCAAACAAAGCUGGCUCCCCCUCUGUUUCCCACAAGACGCGGCUGUCCUCCAGCGGUACCGCCGCUACACCCCCACCACGCAAGCCUCGCGCCGUCUCCAACGCUGCCUCGCCCGAUUCUUCCGAGUCUGAGGUCAUCAUCCGAGCAGAAAAGGAGCACCGCAACAUCCACGCCCGCACCUCGGGAGGUCGUUUUGCACCUCGCAGCGCCGUCAUCGAUCCCAACGACCCGGAAGGUGGCUACAAGCCAGCACGUAAACCUCGCCCGUCCGAGUUGGUCAAGAAGGCGCAAAAGGAGGCCGAGCGACAGGCCAGGGCCGCUGGGCUUUUGCCUCCCAAAAAGAGGAAUUCGAGUAAGGGCAAGGCGAAAGCGAAGAUCAAGUCUGCUGCUAGCCCUGAGACGGAAGGUGAUGAAGAGUCAGAGGAGGCGCAGGAAACAGACCCAGAGGUCCUCGAAGCUCGAGCCAUGAAUCGCACAGGACCAAGCCUCGCCGAGCUAGAAGCGGCGGAGCGCCGUCCUAAGCGUGUGAGGCUCUUGAUUGGGCAGCGAAACAAGGGAGAGGGGAGCAGUGGCAGUAGCAGUGGGGCCGAAGGCGAUGAAGACGCUCAAGCAACGGCCGCAGCAGCAAACGAGCCGAUCGCGCCACGCUUCACGGCCCCAGGCGCACUCUCGCUCGAGCAGGCUCAAAAGAUGAUGGCUGCGGCUAUGGCUGCUGCGCGAGGUGGGCCGAGCUCGAGUCCCGCCGCCGCUGCUCCGGGUGGGGACGAAGGUGCGGCAGGUGGUAGCAGCAACGGCACUGGCGCGCCGGCGGGGUUUGGCCAGCCCUCGUCGGGCGAAAGUUCGACGGGGGCGACCGUAGCAGCGACGCCCGAUGAGAGCGGUGGGAGUGGUAGCCAUGAGGCAGUAGGACAGCCAACGAUUGCGGCAUCAGCGGCUACAGCGGCAUCUGAAAGCAAGUCUGCUCGGGAGCCGGAUGUAGGCGGAACGGCUGGUCCAGCUAAUGGAUCACCGGGCUCAGCCGAGCAAAGCAAGCCAAGCACCACAUCGGCAUCCACCUUGCCCGUCGAUCCCCCCGGAUCAUCAUCAACACCCACCUCCACCUCCUCCUCACCAAUCAAAACGCCCCUUGCGCCACGACGCACUUCGAAUCGAGUACGCGGAGCCUUCGGCGAGAAGUUGUCGCAGCGCGCAUUUCAGCAGGAAGACUUUGAGUUUGUGCUUGUAAGAGAGGGUGUGGUGAGCAAUGAUGCAGAUGAGGCCGUCGCGAAGACAGAGGCGACGACGAGCGGAGAUCAGGAAGCAAAAGUCGGAGCGGCUCGAGAAGAGGUGACAGGGAGCAAGAUGGAGCUCGACGUUCGCCAGGUUCCUGCGCACCAGCAGCAGCCUACCCGUGAGCGAGAAGUGCAAGACGCGAUGGACCUGGACGACUUUCUCGUCAGCGAAGGCGUGAAGCCUGGCGCGGCAAAUAUGGAGACAGGAGCGUCGAGCUUGCCCGGCCAGUAGGCCAGCUGCGUGAUCAUCUCUGGCCGUUCAGCGCACUCGCCCUCUAAUCUAUAUGUAUCACAGCCGCUCCCCUCGUUUCCAUCCAAUACACGCAUGACCAAGCCUGCCCCACGACCUGCUCUGUCGCCCUCAUUGCCUCACGCCAGGCCCCCUAGGCUUCAACUCCUCACCAACUUUGUUCUCAUCGGCACUCAACUCCUUCCAAUCCUUGAACACCAUAGGCAUCUCCUCCGGCUUGAGACCCGGCUGGUUCUUGAAUCGCUCA